AUGGCGAAUAGGGUUCAUUUAUAUGUGGGGUAUGCGGAGGACACAAUUCUUAUUCCUGAGAGAAAUCGUGUUAUUAGACAACCUUUAUAUAUCUUUGUCAAUCAUGGUGGACAAUUUGUUAUGAUGAAUAAUGUGAUGGAGUAUUUUGGAGGGGAAGUUCAAUCCAGGCAUGCUAUUGAUCUUGAUAGGUAUAGUGAGAAAAAUCGGAAGAAUGAGGACUUUGUGUCAAUGAGGGAGGAGGUGAUUUUUACUGACGAUGGAUUCUAUGAGGCUGGCUUGGGAACUGAUGAGGAAGAGUACUUUCUAGCAAGGAAAACAAGGUUCUUUGGUGCUAAAGACAUGAACAACAAUAACCAAGAUAACUCUUAG